AUGCCUCGUCCCGAUCUCAGCGCAUUGGGUGUCAAGUACAGGAGAAUCCCCGUAAUGGCCAUAGGUCGUGACGUCUACUGCGACAGUCGCAUCAUCAUUCGCAAGUUGGAAGAUUUGUUCCCUGAGGGCGCGCUAGGUGCAUCAACUGCCGAAGACAAAGCCAUUGAAAAGUUUCUGGAAAUCUGGAACAUUGAGGCGGGUAUCUUUACACGGGCAUCUCAGCUGAUCCCAACGAGUAUGCCACUGCUAAACGAUCCCAAAUUCACCAAGGACCGAGAAGAGUUCUCCGGCCGCCCAUGGAGCAAAGAACACAUUGCCGAGAACAGACCGGAAGCAGUGGCUGCCAUCAGGAGCGGAUUCAGGUUUCUCGAGACCACCUUGUUGGCCGAUGGGCGGAAAUGGGUACUCAAGACGGAAAAGCCGACUCUGGCCGACAUUGAAGCCAUCUGGACUUUUGAUUGGUUGAAUGGAUUAAAAGGGGCUCUUCCCCGGGAGUUGAUCUCUGACCAGAAAUAUCCCAAGGUCUUUGCGUGGAUUGCCAGGUUCAAUGAUGCCCUCAAGAUCGCCAAAGCUCAAGCGCCGAAACCGGCCACUUUGAAAGGCGACGCUGCAGUUGAGCGGAUCCUCAACGCUCCCUUCGCCGACAAGGACUUGGGGAUUGACCUCGCGGAUCCUCUUGGACUGCAGCAAGGAGCCGAAGUGGAAGUGUUUCCAAUUGACUCAGGCACCCAACAUCACGACCAGGGCCGUCUCAUUGGGUUGACAGAGGACGAAGUUGUUUUGAGCACCCAAGCGAAGGGAACGGAGGUCCGCUUGCAUUUCCCCCGGACAGGGUUCCGCAUCAGAGCAGUCACUGGUGGAGGCCAGUCGAAGCUGUGA